CGUCGCAGCGUCUGUCAAAGAACACGCGCCGCCCAUGGCCCCAUCGAUAGACCGCAGAAAUCCUCUCAGCAGCUCGCGACGCCCGGAACAAACCGUCAAAAUUAAUUCCUUUACAGGGCUGGGCGCCCCAGGCGCGCUUUCUCCCGCUGGAGAUAGUGCACCGCGCCUGUCUGGGGUACAUCAACUGCUGCACCGACCGCCCUCUCCUGCGGCUCAGCAGCCUUCUCCUCUGACCCAAGCUUCGCCGUCCACGGUGGAAGCAUCGCCACUGCAGACCCCAGGCUCUCUUAUCGCCAAUGGUGGUGCAGACACGACGGGACGCCGACCAGAAUCUUCCACUAGAAUGCGGUCUUCCAUUGCAUGUACUAAAUGUCGAAAGAGCAAGACCAAGUGUGACAACAAAGGUCUUGGCAGCACCUGCUCGAGUUGCGCAAUCUCGGGCAAGGAGUGCACCUACCCAUCCACAACCACCACUGGCAGCUCACAGCGGCGAGAGAGCAUAAAUGCUACUGGCGAACAUGAUCAGGGCCCGCCGAAGAAGCGCAAGAAACCUUUGGCACCCACAAUCAUUGCCGCCAAUAGUCCAAAGGAUGGGUUGGGAACCUAUGCUGAUGCCCUCGAGUCCCCUCUACUUACCCCCAAAAUCUGGAAAGAGCUUUUCGAGAUAUACGAAAAGCAUUUCGCCACCGACUUCCCCUUCCUGCACAAACGGACAUUUCUGAGCUCCCUUCAACAUCCAACCCCGGUCGCCUCUCCCGAUGUCAAAGCUGAAUCACCUUCUUCAACUCGACUUCCACAUGCACCUUUACUACUGGCCUUCCUUACUCAGACUGCUCGCUUCCACCCUGAGCUAGCAUCGCUAAUGGGCAGCCCUUCUGCCACCUCUGAAUUCUAUGCAGAAGCCACACGUCGGCAGAUGGCUUACGACUUCCCUGGUGAACCAUCGCUAGAAAAGACACAGGCUCUUCUCAUGCUCGGAUUUCAUGAAUGGAAUGAAGUGGAAAAUCGAAAAGGUUGGGUCAAGAUUCGCACCGCCAUAAGCUGCGCGCAAGCCCUUGGCUAUCAGUACGAUGCCGACUUGGAUGACAUGAUCGAAGCUGUGGCCAAAGACGCGGAGGACAAAACCUCGGAAAAAGACCAGUUUAUCAAGCGGGAGAUUCAACGCCGCACCUUCUGGAGCUGUUUUAUUAUGGACCGGUAUUUGAGUUGUGGAAAAGAUCGACCGCAGAUGCUGAGUGUAGACGAUUUGCAAAGGAUUCAGUUACCCUGCAGCGACAAGGCCUUCAACCAUGGUCAGAAAGUCAGGACUAGAUUUCUCGGCGAGUACAAUGAGAACUAUCAGGAGCGAAGAGAGAAGGUGCGCCGUCUAGCCAUUCGCCGUCACGAGGAGCGAAAUGGGGUUCAACGAGACAACCGAUCAAGUUAUGUCGAUGAUGUGAAAUGGGAGAUAGGGGAACACGAAGGAGAACUCAGCUGGUACAUUCAAGCAGUCGAACAUUUUGCUAAAGUCAUGAGGUGGUGUGUUCCUCCAGGUAGACGACGCUCUGGGGAAAAGAAUCCAUGGGACGACAACUCUACGUUCAAAAAGUUGGAAAAUGACCAAAAGCGCCUCAAGGAUGCUCUGCCUAGUGAUCUCCAACUCACACCCGAAAAUACGGAAGAUCAUAUCUACGCAAGAACAUGGAGGAACUAUGUUCUUAUACAUGCUCUUUACUCACUUUGCACCAUAUCUCUUUACAGAGAGUACAUGGCUUUUGCUCCAUGGCGACUAACAGCACCUCAGGGUCCGCUAGAUGAGCCACUAAUCACCGAUUCUCCACCCUCGCCAGAUUAUUGGGCUAAUCAGGCCCGUAGCUGCUUCGGAGCUGCUAGGGGGUUUGCCGACCUCCUCCAAUCGUGUCAGUCUUUGAACGUCUUGGUAGAAACGCCCAUAGCCGGGUUUACUACCUACAUUGUAGCAUGGUGUGCCUUGUAUUGUCACAAUUUCCCACGCAUGGAUCCCGAUCGUGCUCUGGACUCGCGGCUUCAACGGAGUGUAUGGCAACUCUCCAACGACAUCAUUCUUAGUAUGGAAGCUCGCUUCAAGAUUGCGCGUGUUUGGAUCGGUGAUCUACAGUACCUGCAUGACUUUUGGCGCGAGAGUAGAGCAGAGUUCAAAGCAGCUGGGGGAUCUCCUGAAAGCACAACCAGCGACAGUGGCGGUGGACUGAAACACUAUUCCGAGCACUUUGAAAGGCCACAGAAAGAGUUUGGUAGUUUCCAUAACAACAGGUCAAGCCUGAGAGGUUACAGUAAAACCGUAAUUGUGCUACAACAUGAUUCAGAUUCCAAUCACCGACCUGAAGCGAGCGGCUCCGAUGCCACCGCUCCGAAGCGUGAAAGAGGCGCGGUACCCGAAAGCAACCCAGUCGCUCCAUCGACAUUCUCCCCCUCGUUCACCCCCGUCAACGGCGCCGCAAACCCAGUAACUCCAGACUCGGUCCACGAACAAUACACUGCAGCCAAUAGUUAUCCGCAGCAGAAGUACGGCGGGCAUCGGGUCCAGAGCCACGUCUCCCAUCCAGAGUCUACUCACGCAUACCACCACUCGUAUUCCCAACCCUACGCCUCUUCAAGCCAGCCCUACGUCCCGCUCGGCUCUCACACCAUGUCGGACCUGCGCGCAAGCCAGACUCCGCACCAUAUCCAACCCCCCGCCCCCGCCACCGCAGGCCCAGCAUCAUACACGUCGUCAUCAGCGCAGCGCCAACACAGCAACGCAGAACAACUCAACCGCCUCGAGCAGAUAAACAACAUGUCUGCCGGCGGUGGCGAACUGCAAUAUCUAGCCCAAGGAAACGGAUUCUCGGGAGGAGGAGACGGCACAGAGGGCAUGUUUAUGGACAUUUCCAACACGUACUACUUUCCACAGCCCCAGAGUUACUACCUGUACCAGAAUUAGCGGGGUCGUGGGCUCGUUCCUUACACGCCUGGUUGACAAGGCAUUUUCGCCCCAUAUAGUGUCGUCCUCUUUGUGUGGCGGGAAGAGACUCCUGCCAUCGCGUACACGGUAGAUAUUGUUUUCCUUGCUUUGGAUGCAUGUAACGCCUUUGUCUGUUUGGGAGGGAUCCAUUGAGGGGGUGCAUUUGGAGGGUGCAUAUGGGGGUUGGCACGCAACGCAGCGCAACGCAACGUACGCAUUCUGAUGAGAAUCAACGGAGUUUGGCUUUUUGGCUUCUGUGAUAUCACGUUGGGUGGCUUCUCGCUUCAGAAUAUUGGUGAAAUAUAAUACCCUCGCUCGCUG